AUGCAUUCCCCAUCUCCCCAGCUCCUCCGCGCCCUGCGCACCUCGCUCAGCAGCACCCCAAACACCUCCCACCUCCGCAUCACCAGCCGAAUCCCUCAUCCAUCCCCAUCGCUCAGGACCCCAGCACCAGCAUGCCCACCCUCAAGACUAGGGACCGAGCUCCCGUCGACCCGCCGCUACAACAGCUCCCCAUCCAUCCGGCCGACCCGCAUGAUCCCGCGCGCGCACUCGCAUAAGCCCGCUGAUCACGACCGCGGCCCCGAGUCCAAGGAGGACACGCUGACGGAUUUUGCCGCGCUGAACGUGCUCGGGAAUAUUCCUGCGCCGACGACGGCCAUUGAUGCCUGUCUGGACUCGGGAUUUCAUCUUAAUAAUGGUGUUAAGGUGACGGGUGGCGAUGCGCUGCUGCUGGUGGGUGGGGAGGCCUUUUCCUGGCGUCCCUGGAAGGCUGUUGAGGGGGCGGUGGAUGAUCGAGCUGCGAAGGCGGCUAUGCUUAAUUCUAAGGGCCAGUUUGAGCUUGAUGAGCGGGUUUGGGGGUUGUUGGAUGUUGUUUGGCCGCGGCCUGAUCUGCUCAUCCUCGGUAUGGGAAGCUCUAUGUUUCCUCUCUCGCCGGAAACGAAACGCCAGAUCAACUCCUUGGGCAUCCGGGUGGAUAUCCUGGAUACUAGAAAUGCAGCCGCGCAGUUCAAUCUGCUUGCUACGGAGCGUGGGGUCACAGAGAUUGCGGCAGCAUUGAUUCCCAUCGGUUGGAAGGGCCGGUAG